AUGAGCCCGCAACGACAAUCCGGCUUCACAUCAGAAUGCCGUACCGUCCGAGUGUCUUAUGGAACAACAGCUUCUAUGUGUUAUGUGUUGUCGUUACAGCCACAUGCUGUCGACACCGAAUAUUUCGAUGAUCAGCGCAUGCGCAUGAACAGCUCUAUCAUAAUGCUCAUUCUCAUUUCUGGAGAUAGCGAAAAUUCAAGAAUUAUGAAUAAAACCUUGUAUGGGAAUGAACGACAAUAUUGA